AUGUUUGACGAUUUGAAGGAUCUGUUUACCGGCGGCGGAAAUGCGAAGGUGAAAGGGACGGUGGUUCUGAUGAAGAACAACGUCCUCGAUUUCAACGAUUUCAACGCUUCGUUUCUCGAUCGCCUCCAUGAAUUUCUCGGAAACAAAGUCACUCUUCAACUUAUCAGCUCCGAUGUUACUGAUUCAGAAAACGGUUCUAAAGGUAAACUAGGGAAGCCUGCUUACUUAGAGGAUUGGAUCACAACGAUCACGUCCUUAACCGUUGGAGAAUCAGCCUUCAAGGUCUCGUUCGAUUACGACAAAGACUUUGGUUACCCUGGAGCGUUCUUGAUCAGAAACAGCCAUUUCAGCCAGUUUUAUCUCAAAAGCCUCACGCUUGAAGACGUUCCAGGCCAUGGAAGAGUCCAUUACGUCUGCAACUCUUGGGUUUACCCUGCCAAAAACUACACUAAAGACCGAGUUUUCUUCUCCAACAAGACUUAUCUUCCGCAUGAAACACCAGCGCCACUUCUCAAGUACAGAGAAGAAGAGCUAGUGAGCUUAAGAGGAACCGGAGAAGGAGAGCUUAAAGAAUGGGACAGAGUCUACGACUACGCUUACUACAACGACUUAGGCGUCCCACCGAAGAAUCCAAGACCUGUUCUUGGAGGUACACAAGAGUAUCCUUACCCGAGAAGAGGAAGAACCGGUCGUAAACCGACCGAAGAAGAUCCUCAAACCGAGAGCAGGUUACCGAUAACUUCGAGCCUCGACAUAUACGUUCCGAGAGACGAGAGGUUCGGACACUUGAAGAUGUCUGACUUCCUUGCUUACGCUCUCAAAGCCAUCGCUCAGAUCAUCCAGCCUGCGCUUGAAGCUGUGUUCGACGAGACUCCUAAAGAGUUUGAUUCUUUUGAAGAUGUUCUCAAGAUUUACGAAGAAGGAAUCGAUCUGCCGAACCUUUCUUUGAUUGAUGGUAUCUUCAAGAACAUACCACUUGAGUUGUUGAAAGAGAUUUUCAGAACAGAUGGCCAGAAGUUUCUCAAGUAUCCUGUCCCUCAAGUCAUCAAAGAGGACAAGACUGCUUGGAGAACUGAUGAAGAGUUCGCUAGAGAAAUGCUUGCUGGACUAAACCCUGUUGUGAUUCAACUUCUUCAGGAGUUUCCUCCAAAGAGCAAGCUUGACACCGAAUCAUACGGUAACCAGAACAGUACAAUCACCAAAAGCCACAUAGAGCAGAGCUUAGAUGGUCUCACUGUUGAAGAGGCUCUAGAGAAGGAAAGGUUGUUCAUACUAGACCACCAUGACACACUGAUGCCAUACUUGGGACGUAUAAACACAACCGGGACCAAGACUUAUGCAACAAGAACACUUCUGUUCUUGAAAGAUGAUGGGACCUUAAAGCCAUUAGUGAUAGAGCUGAGCUUGCCUCAUCCUGAUGGAGACAGAUUUGGAGCAGUGAGUGAAGUCUAUACACCUGGUGAAGGAGUCUACGACUCGCUGUGGCAGUUGGCAAAGGCUUAUGUCGGCGUAAACGACUCUGGAAACCAUCAGCUCAUCAGCCACUGGUUGCAAACACACGCAUCGAUUGAACCAUUUGUGAUUGCUACGAACAGACAGCUGAGUGUUCUUCACCCUGUUUUCAAGCUCCUCCAGCCUCAUUACCGCGACACGAUGAACAUCAAUGCGCUUGCUAGGACGAUCUUGAUCAACGGUGGUGGUAUCUUUGAGAUCACUGUCUUCCCUUCCAAAUACGCCAUGGAAAUGUCUUCUUCCAUCUACAAGAACCACUGGACUUUCCCUGACCAAGCUUUACCAGCAGAACUUAAAAAGAGAGGAAUGGCUGUUGAGGAUAAAGAAGCACCACAUGGACUACGUCUGAGGAUAAAAGACUAUCCUUAUGCAGUGGAUGGGCUUGAGGUGUGGUACGCUAUUGAAACAUGGGUGCAAGACUACAUCUCCGUGUAUUACAAGACAGACGAGGAUGUUCAGGUCGAUACAGAGCUCCAAGCGUGGUGGAAGGAGGUGCGUGAGGAAGGCCACGGAGACAAAAAGUCGGAAACUUGGUGGCCUAAAAUGCAAACACGCCAAGAGCUGGUCGAGUCUUGCACUAUCAUCAUUUGGCUUGCUUCUGCUCUUCACGCAGCGGUUAACUUCGGACAGUAUCCGAUCGCUGGUUACUUGCCGAACAGGCCAACGAUAAGCAGACAGUUCAUGCCUAAAGAGAACACUCCGGAGUUUGAAGAGCUUGAGAAGAAUCCGGAUAAAGUGUUCUUGAAGACGAUCACUGCUCAGCUUCAGACACUUCUUGGGAUCUCUCUGAUUGAGAUCCUGUCUACUCAUUCGAGCGAUGAGGUUUAUUUGGGACAGAGAGACUCUAAGGAAUGGGCAGCUGAGAAAGAGGCGUUGGAUGCGUUUGAGAAGUUUGGUGAGAAAGUGAAAGAGAUUGAGAAGAAGAUUGAUGAGAGGAACGGAGACGAGAGCUUGAAGAACAGGGUUGGUCCGGUUAUGAUGCCGUACACUCUAUUGUUUCCGACCAGUGUUGGUGGAGUCACCGGUAGGGGAAUUCCAAACAGUGUCUCUAUCUGA